AAUAUUUCACCGUCACCUACUCUACGAAUUUCCUUCGAUUUCUUUCAAUCCAAAUCCUAUUUGUUCACCGUCAAUUAACCCCUAUGGCUCGUACCAAGCAAACAGCAAGGAAAUCAACCGGUGGUAAAGCUCCACGUAAGCAACUGGCUACGAAGGCGGCUCGGAAGUCGGCUCCGGCAACCGGAGGAGUGAAGAAGCCUCAUCGUUUUAGGCCCGGAACUGUUGCUCUGAGAGAAAUCAGGAAGUACCAGAAGAGCACCGAGCUUUUGAUCAGGAAACUUCCAUUCCAAAGGUUGGUGAGAGAAAUCGCUCAAGAUUUCAAGACUGAUUUGAGGUUCCAGAGUAGCGCUGUUGCCGCUCUUCAAGAAGCUGCCGAGGCUUACCUUGUUGGACUGUUCGAGGAUACCAAUCUCUGUGCCAUUCACGCUAAGAGGGUUACGAUCAUGCCCAAGGAUAUUCAACUUGCCAGGAGGAUUAGAGGGGAGAGAGCUUAGAGUUUGAUUUUCGGCUGGGUAACGUCUAAAGCUGGAGAUCUAAGCUUUUCAUCAUUUGUACGUUUUGCUUUCUCAGCAAAUGUUCAUUUAAAUUGAUGGAAAACAGUUGGAAGCUUUAUGAUUUCGUUGGUUAAAA